UUUUGGGUGAGGUAUUAUUAUUUGUUACGGGAUUAAACUUGUAGUGUUGCUUUUCGUUUCCUCACUUUUUGGUUUGCCUGUUUGUGUACUACAUUUUUGCCAUCAUUAGUGUCUGAUUUUUUUUAUAAAAUUAGAUUUGAUCAUAAUGGAUAGCUCUUGUUGUCUGAUGUGGUUUAUUGGCCUUGUUAGAUUUGUUGACUAGAAAGUGUGUGCCAUGCAACUCAAAGGAUGUACGGCCCAUGACUGAAGAAAGUGCUAGUAAACUGAUUCCAAAGGUAGAUGGUUGGAGUUUGGUAAACGAAGGUGGUACAUUGAAGCUAAGAAGGUCUUGGAAAGUGAAGAGUUUCAUCAAAGGAUUGGAGUUGUUUCAACUUGUAGCUGAUAUUGCUGAAGCAGAAGGCCAUCAUCCGGAUCUGCAUCUUGUCGGAUGGAACAAUGUAACAGUUGAAAUAUGGACACAUGCAGUUGGUGGACUGACAGAAAAUGACUUCAUACUUGCCGCCAAGAUCAAUGUGAUUGACCUGCACCACCUCCUUAGAAAGAAGGUUAAUACUCCUUGAAAGGUCAACAGAAUUUUGCAAGCUCCAUGGAACGUUAAACUAUCUGCAAAAUAGAGAUGUUUUCACUUGUUGAAACUUACAAGUCCGUAACAACUGUGUUAUGCGACUUCUUUCAUUAUUUUAAAUGUUUUUGGUCAAGAUCUGUAACAUGGCUAAUGCUUUGUUCUAUUAAAUUUUGACUUUUUUUUUCUUUUGAGGAUUCUACAAAGAUAAUUAAAUGUAGCAUAUGCUACUU